GUCGGGGAAGGCAUGGCGGGGCGGGGGCUGCUGGGCGCGUGGUGGUGGGCGCGGGGGCUGGGGCCGGUGCGGCAGGUGGGCGACCCGGUGCUGCGGGGGGCGGCGGCGCCGGUGGCGGCGGGGCAGGCGGGGGGCGCGGAGGUGCGGGCGCUGGUGGGGGCGCUGGUGCGGGCGCUGCGGCGGGAGGAGGGCUGCGUGGGGCUGAGCGCGCCGCAGCUGGGGGUGCCGCUGCAGGUCUUCGUGGCCGAGCUGCCCGAGCGCCUCCUGCGCCGCGCCCCGCCCCCUGCGCCGCGCCCCGCCCGCCAGAUGCGCGCCUUCCCGCUGCGCGUCUUCGUCAACCCCACCCUGCGCGUCCUCGACGCCCGCCUCCUGAGCUUCCCCGAGGGCUGCCGCAGCCUCCCGGGCUUCUCGGCCGCCGUGCCCCGCUACCAGGCCGUGCUCGUGGAAGGCCUGAAUGAAGCUGGCGAGGAGACCUCCUGGGAGGCCAGCGGCUGGGCAGCCCGCAUCGUCCAGCACGAGAUGGACCACCUCCAGGGGAUCCUCUACAUCGACAGGAUGGACAGCAAAACCUUCGCCAACCUGCGCUGGGCCCAGCUGGCAGAGUGACCUCACGGGGGGGGGGGCGGCACUACUCCACAUCUGAGCCCACCAAGCCACCAAGCCCUUCGCACAGGGCCUGUCCACAAAGGGGCCAGUUGGUCAUUACCCAGCUGCACAGGCCAGCUGGGCCACCUCUUGACGCUGGCCGGGCACGCGAUGUCGGCAAAAGAAGUUAAUCCUCUGCGAGGGAGAGGCUGACCCCCACCUGCACACUGCAUUUGGCCUCCUGCCUAGCCUGUUGAUGCAGCACCUCCUCGAUGGCCCACGACCGAGGGAAACGGGGCCCGUGCUGCAAGCCCACACUCAUAUGGGAAAUGAAGCCUGGCAAAGGUCAGCCAAGGCUGCUUAGCUUCUCUACCCCCCCCCACCCCCCACCCCCAUUCCCUGCAAAAAGCCUGCAGAGCCUCACAUUACAAGUACUGAUUUGAAGUCUUGACAGUGGAAAAGACGGGGCUUGUGCAUUUGGUUCCAGUUCAGUAACAAGCAAAGUAAACGGGACAUAUAAAGACGUCAA